UCGCCAGAUGGUGCAGCCUUUUCUUUUGUUUACCCAUCGUCCCCGAGUUACCUAACUAACCCUUAGCUACUAAACUAUGGAAUCUGCCCGAGCAGCAUCACCGGCGUACACCGACAAGUGAACUGGGAGAGAGAGUGACACUAGGAUGGGAAUGCUACUGUAGCAAGGCUGUGCCAGAUCUGAGGGCAAUCUUUCACCCCUCUGCUGCAUUUAGAACCGCUACUCAUUUUUUCGUAGCAGCUUGACAGCAGAUAAGGUUUGACAAGAAGACAGACGUUGGAUAUGCCCUGCGUUCCUGCGUAGACUAGAGCCUGGCACAAUGUUCAGACAAGUGGAUGCAUCAUCCAAAAGACGCCCUUGCGGUGGAAGUGGGCUGCCCCAGCCUUCACCACCCUCCUCCUCUAUCCAGCAGGGUCGUAUACGGGCCGUGGAGGUGGCGAGAGGUAGAACAGGGUAUGGCUUUACACUGUCGGGCCAAAGUCCAUGCGUCCUCAGCUGCAUCCUGAAAGGGAGCCCUGCAGACUAUGUAGGUUUGCGUUCAGGAGACCACAUCCUCUCCGUCAAUGACAUCAAUGUCUCCAAGGCAUCGCAUGAAGAUGUAGUCAAACUGAUUGGGCGCUGCUCUGGUGUCUUGAAACUGGUCAUCGUUGAGGGAGAACGUCAGAGGCGGCACCAUCACCACCACCAACGCACUACUGGAAGUCGUCACCAUAGCAGCAACACAAUGGCGGCGGCGUACCCCGACUCGUGCUCAAGUGAUGAUGAGUUGGAUGGUUUUUAUGACAACAGUGUUAACAACAACAAUAACAGCAGGUCAGGCUGCGCUGGAACCCGUGGGGGGUGGUACAAACCCAAACUGGAUUCUAAGCAGCUGGGCAUCAACAGGGCAGAGAAGGUUGUGGCAGAGCUGCAGUCUGGAGGAAUUUUUAACAUGAUCUUUGAGAACUCAAGCCAGUCCUCCAGCAGCUCAGACAAGGACAGACCUGGGGCCAGCUCAUCAUCGAAGCCACGUCCGCUGUCUGAUCCAGAGUUCCCUGCAUAUGGGAACUCCUCCCGUUCCCAGAGCAACCCCAACCUCCUCUCUGAGGAGGAGAUGGUCCAAGUUCUGAACGACGACUCGGUCUUCCUGGACGCGGACUUCCGUCAUCUCCACCUUCAACACCAUGAAGAGCAAGACUUGGAUGUAGGAGAUGGAGGUGACUUGGGCCUAGAGCCCAGCGAGGGCAUCCUCAAUGUGGGCAUGAUCGUUGGCUAUCUGGGCUCCAUUGAGCUGGCCUCCAUAGGGUCAAGCUUAGAGAGUGACAGCCUGCAAGCCAUCAGAUGCAGCAUGAGGCGCCUCCGGGCCGAGCAAAAGAUCCAUUCACUGGUCCUUAUGAAGGUCAUGCACGACAGCGUGCGUCUGUGCAGUGACAGAGGUCAGGUCCUGGCCACCUAUCCAGCAGAAAAACUAGCCUUCAGCGCCUGUUGUCCCGACGACCGUCGAUUCUUCGGACUGGUCACGAUGCAGGCCACCGACGACCACGAAGAUUGUCACUUCAGCAACGGACGAGAUGAAGAGGGCAGUUUGAGGACUUCCUGUCACGUGUUCAUCGUGGACCCAGACCUCUGUCAGCACCAGGUCCAUUUAGGUGUCGCGAGGAGGUUUGGCUUUGAGUGCACCCCUGACCCAGACACAGGAGGUUGAGUCCUACGGGACAUGGGGACAACAUUGCAGCCCGGCUCGGCCUUUCCACUUUAUCCGUACAACGACGCGGGAAGAGAAACACAGCCACACAGCCCGCAGAACCACAGCACCAGCAGCAACAGUGACAGCGGGAUCGGCAACUUUUUACCAGAAGAAAAGAGCAACCGAGUGCUUUUAGUAGACCUCGGAGGUCCUCCUAGCCACAACCACAUCUCUGGGCCACGCCACUGGGACAGCCCACCGUCAUCCCAGCAGGCCUGGAGCCCCACCCUGGGAGCCGCAGCCCCUCACCCACCUCCUCCUCCUCCUCCUCCACCAGCUCUGAGAAAUGGCCACUACCGUCACGAGCCACACCUGGCUGACCUCCCUCACCCUCUCCCCUUGGCUCACCCCGAUGUCCCCGGCAGGCACUCCAGAGGAGUCCACCCACACCACUACUCACCAGGGAGGCGGGGAGGAGCUGUGGGGGGAGGAGAUAAGCGAGGGGUUGGAGGAGUAGGAGCAGGGGUGGAGCCGCAGCGGUGGCUGCCAGUCCAUGUGCUGAGAGACUGGCGUCAGCAGCACCAUCACAGCCACCUCCAGGGUCUGAGCAGCGAUCAGGAGUCCUAUGCCGAAUCCACCGACGGAUGGUCAUCAGCUAACUGCAGCACCCUGCCACCACCCAUGAAUAAGAUCCCGGCCGACCGCUACCGGGCCCCACUGGCCCCCGGAGAUCACCUGCCACCACCUGGAGGGAGUCAACCCCCUCCUCCUUCACAUUCCCACUCCCACACCCACCGGCUGGCUGUUCAGAAAGACGAGUGGGCUAAGAAGCUAUUUGGUGCUGGAGACAGGGAGCGAGCCGGAGCAGAGAGAGGUGAAAGAGAGAAGAAACGAGGGAAUGCAAAGGAGGGAGAGAAAAAGGGUGGUCGGUUCCGCGGUCUGACCAUGGGCUUCCCUCCUCUCGCCCCGCGCUCCUCAGCCAGACGCUCCUUUGGACGCUCCAAACGUCUCAGCCUGGCCCGUUCUCUGGAUGACCUGGAGUCCGCCGCAGUCUCCGAUGGAGAACUUAACAGCGUGGAGCUGCAGGGCUGCAGCAGCGACAACAGUCUGAACAGUAAUGCCAGCCUGCCCAGCGUUCAGAGCCACCGGCGCCACACUGAGAGGAGAGUGGCCAGCUGGGCUGUCUGCUUCGAGAGACUGCUGCAGGACCCCGUGGGAGUCCGCUACUUCUCGGAGUUCCUGAAGAAAGAGUUCAGUGAGGAGAAUAUCCUCUUCUGGCAGGCUUGUGAGUUCUUCAGCCACGUCCCUGAGAAUGACAAGAAGCAGCUCUCUCAGCGUGCCAGGGAGAUCUACAACAGCUUCCUGUCCAGUAAAGCCACAACACCGGUCAACAUAGAUAGUCAAGCCCAGCUCGCUGACGACAUACUCAACGCCCCCCGACCUGACAUGUUCAAGGAGCAGCAACUGCAGAUCUUCAACCUGAUGAAGUUCGACAGCUACACGCGUUUCCUUAAGUCUCUGCUGUACCAGGAGUGCAUGCUGGCGGAGGUGGAGGGGAGGCCCCUGCCUGACCCUUACCACAUCCCCAGCAGCCCCACCUCCAAACACAGCACCACAGGCUCUGACCGCUCCAAUCUCUCCACACCCAAGAAGGAGGACAAAAAGAGCAAGUCGGGCAGAUCUUUAAAUGAGGACAGUCGAGAUGAUUCAGGAGACCGGAAGAAAGGCAUGUUUUUCUCCUGGUCUCGCAACAGGAGCUUCGGCAAAGGCCCGAAGAAACGAGAGCUGGCUGACUUUAACUACAAUUUCUCUGGCAGCAAUGGUCGCCGAGAAUCCCAGGGUUCGCUGUCUUCAGGAGCCAGUCUGGAGCUGGGGACGUCAGGGUCAGGGAGGAACGAGGGUGAUGUUUCCCGUGGCGCAAUAUCAGUGUCAACAGAGCGCGGAGGGGGCAGCGCCCCCUUGAGGCAGUGUAACAUAAGCUUGCCCGAUGGCUCAUGUUGCUCUGUGCCACUGAGGGCCGGAGUGUCUAUCAGGGACCUGCUGCUUGGUCUCUGUGAGAAGCUCUGCAUCAACCUGGCAGCUAUAGACCUCUUCCUGGUCGGAGGGGAGAAGCCACUUGUUUUAGACCAAGACUGUAUGACAUUGUGCUCUCGGGAUCUCCGACUAGAAAAACGAACUCUCUUCAGACUCGACUUGGUCCCUAUUAACCGUUCGGUAGGCCUAAAAGCAAAGCCCACUAAGCCAGUGACUGAGGUCCUCAGGCCUGUGGUGGCCAAAUACGGCCUGCACCUUGCUGACUUGGUGGCACGCAUUAGUGGGGAGUUGGAGCCAUUAGAUCUAGGUCUUCCUAUAUCCAACCUGGACGGGCUGCGAGUAGUAUUAGAUAUUGCAGAAAACACUCCUGGAAAAGCAGACAAACAGAAAGUAGCUCCCUCUAAGAACCUCGUCCCGGCGUCAACAACCAGAAACCAAUCGACAACAGGGGAGGACAGGCCAUCAGGGAAAGCCGGUUCAGCCCACCCCCAUGGGGAAAACGGCAAGACUGGGCCCAGCCCUGACACAAGCAGCCAGCCCUUACCCAACCACUCUGUCUCUCACCAUAAGGCUCCGGAGAAAAGAAAACAGAAAAAGAUUAAUGUAGAUGAAGCUGAAGAGUUCUUCGACCUCAUAUCCAAAGCUCAGAGCAACCGAGCAGACGACCAGCGAGGCCUGCUAAACAAAAGCGACCUGCAGCUCCCAGACUUUCUGCGCCUGUCACCAGUGGCAACCAACCAGGCUGCGCCUCCUCCUUACGGCCCCGAGCCCAGUUGCUCCACCCCUUAUUCCCGUAACCCCAACAACGGCAGCUUCCCUAGCAGUGGUCGCCGGGGCAAUAAGGCGAACAGCAACGACAGGGGAGGAGGAGGCGGCGGCAACCACUUGCUCAGCUCGAGCCAUCAGUCCCAGAGCUUGGACUCUGCACUGGGAACUGAGAGUGGAGGGGGGAGGAAAGCCCAACCACCUCCUCCGUUUCCUGGCACCAUCUCCCCCAUCCACCCGUCCCAGAGUGGCCAGCGUGGUCUCCUUCAGGAGUCUGGCAGGGGAGAAUCGGUCCAGAUGCUGGAGGAGGACACGCUGUCUGAUCUAACUCUCGUGGGAGAGGGGGACAUUAACAGCCCCAGCCUCAACUACGUCACUCCCUCUGCCCUACAGUGCAAACCCAACCCCCGACCCCAACAACAAGCACAGGAUGGUCGGCCUAGCUCAGGUACUUCCCCUGUGUGAACUCUAAAUACUUUUGAACUUUCACCUCUUCCUUCACCUGACUGUGAGCGGGACUGGAGACCCGAUAAAGUCAGUUUGAAGUUCCUCAUUGGUCACACUUGGCCCAGAAUGCAUCCAGAUCUCCUCCCUUUAUUUCAUGAAUAUUUAAUUCCAGAAGUGUAAAAUAUAGUAAGCAAUGUAAAAGACUGAGCUUUUACCACUGUUAAUUUAGUCAAACAAUGGAUAUAGUGAGUUAAUAUAUGAUAUGUAUAUAU